AUGCUUUUUUUAAGUAAUGUGUUAUUUAGAUGUAAGAGUAAAAGGGUUCAUAUAAAUUUAAUAUCAUCAUGUGCAAGUAAUUAUAUAUACUCCACUUACAUUUCUCCAAGUAAAUCAAAGUACAGAUUAUCAUUAAGAAAACAUGAUCCAGUAGUUAAUCGACAUAUAAUGUUUUAUCAAAAACAUAUAAAAGCAAAAUCAAAAAAAAAACUCACACUACACGGAAUUAAUUAUGCUCGUUUUACAGGGAAGAAUAAAAAUUUAAGACCACUCUUGAAAAGAGUAGAAAAGUCGUACCUCUAUGGAAAAUUCAACAAAUUAAUAGACAACACAUACAGGAGUCUACCAAGAAUGAGUUAA